CUCAGUGAGUUUUUAAGCUAUGUCUGAGUUGUUUACCUUCAUAAUUUCUUUCUGUUAAAUAUUGGCUCACAAUAAUUAAGGGAUAUAUUGAUCAAAACAACCUUAGUCACACGCACAGCGGGGAAAGUGUCAUCAAGGUUACUUCGUCACUCCACUCACGUCACAUGUUUAAUGACUAAUAGCGUUAUGGUACAUUGGAAGUAAUUUACGAACUGUUCAGAACAAGGUUUUCUAAUAAUUUGAUUCGCCCUUUGUUGAACUUGCCGUUUAUACGGGUGGUUGGUAAUUUUUUUCAAAGAUGUCUUCUCCAUCGGACAGGUCGAGGGACCAAGCUAAACGGCAUCGGCAACGCCGAGGGGUGGACGAAUCUUCAGACUCAAGAACAUCAUCUGACUACUCUGACAUGAACGAGACCGAAGAGGGUGGACAAGGUGAUGAGUAUGAGCUAAAAGAGGUCAGGAUACAACAGCCUAACGGCACAGGUCAUACUCGAAGGAAGAGACCGUGGGAGGCUAAGAGCAAAAGGAGCAGAAUGAAGCGAAUUCUAUCGACCAAACACGGCAGCAAGAAGCGCCGAUUAGUGGGAAAACAUGGAGGACUGAAAGUGGUGGCGUCACAUGUACCACAAAAACAUGGGAUGUACCUCUCGGAUUUAUUUACUACAAUGAUUGACUCUAAAUGGCGAUGGAUUUGUGUGGUUUACUCGUUCAUGUAUUGUGGUAGUUGGCUCCUAUUUGGCUUUUUGUGGUGGCUUGUAACGUUCAUCCGCGGAGACAACGUCUGCGUCGACAAUGUUGAUUCGUUUGCAAGCGCGUUCCUGUUCUCGCUUGAGACGCAAACAACUAUUGGCUAUGGGGGCCGACAAGUCACACCCAAGUGUCCAGAAGCUGUUAUUUUAUUGAAUGUGCAAUCGCUGAUCGGGUUUAUAAUCGGUGCGUUUAUGCUAGGUCUAAUUUUCGCAAAAUUAUCGCGUCCGCGGAAUCGCGCAGAAACUAUUUUAUUUUCUCGAAACGCCGUGGUCGCAGUGCGUGACGGCAAAAUGUGCCUAAUGUUUCGGGUGGGUGACGUGAGGAAAAGCCAGAUUCUGGAAGCUCAUGUUCGAAUGCAUUUGUUUCGAAAGAGGAAGACUCGAGAAGGAAUUGAACUGCCGUUUUAUCAGCAGAACUUGCCCGUGGGAACGGACUGGUCUUGUGAAGACGGUCUGAUAGAGGACAGUGCAAUAUUUUUGAUAUUGCCCCUGACCAUGGUGCAUGUUAUCGAUGAGAACAGCCCCCUUUAUGAAAUGCACCCCAAAGAUUUGCUCAACUGCGAUUUCGAAAUAGUCGUUCUCCUUGAAGGAACUGUAGAGGCUACCAGUAUGUUAGUUCAAGCGAAAACGUCCUACAAAGCGGAUGAAAUUCUGUGGGGUCAUGAGUUUGUAAACACAACAGACGAGUCUAGAUGGAGGUCUGGUAGAUACAGGGUCGAUUUUUCAGUAUUUGACGACACCCGUUCGGUUCCUACCCCCCAGGUUUCGGCUAAGGACUAUUACGAAGGAAAAAUGUUUAAAAUGAAUUCGGAAUCAUCUUUACUGAGCGCUGGAACACAGGAGGACAUUGACUACGAUUCGGAUAACACGGAGCAGAGACCUACCGACACAACUCUAAGCACUGAAGAUAACGAGGCGAACGGGGAUGAAAUUUCAAUUGCCCAUGUUUAAUCUAGGUGUUAGGAGGGUACUGAAGAAUGAAUGUAUUAACUUUGCUGACAACGUAAUUGCUAAAUAAUCAUUAUAGUACCGCAGACGGAACAUUAAUGCGCUCCAAAAUUAAAAAAUAUCACAUAUGAACGUAAUCACUUCGAUUUUAUUUAUUUUUUCAUAAAUACGAUUAUUUUUGUUUUCGUUUACCAUGUUAUUGUUUGUUCCCGAAGUGAUUUAAUUUUAAUGAUUCUAAUUACCUUUCAGUUUCAUACGGAUAAGUAAGCAGACGAAUUCACCAUAAAAUCUGAAGUUUCGAUGAAAAAUGGCCUCAUCUCAUCUAUUA